UUCUGUAUAAUUCACCAAUCAUGAUCCUCUACGCUACGCUGUCGUAAUAUUGGUUGCCUAUCCCCCUCCUAAUUUCCAAAUACGAAAAAACUAAAAAUCUGAAAAUAACCUCAAAAUACAAAAUAAAAUAAACAUUACAACAUAAAAUCGCACAGUUAAGUGACUUCCUACCCCCUUUUCUCAAAUUCCAACAUGACACCGAAAAAUUAUUUGCUCUACGAUGACGUCACACUCACAAGGACGCCGGUUAUUGAUUUUUAGGAGGUUAUGUUUAGGGGGUGAUUUUAGCCCCCUGAAGCCUCAAACCAUGCCUACCGAAUAAAUCAAGUCGCCUAACCCUCAAAACCGCCAUGGAAGCCUGCGCAACCCCCAAGAACCCGUACGAAAAUGCCGUUUUUGCUGUGCAAAAGCAAGUUUUGGUUUUUGAGGGUUCCUUCAAUGAAAGUUUCGACGUCAAGGAAGAACACGAGAAUUUUUCUAGUCUACAGAGUGAUCGCGAUGAAAACUUAGAACCCCAGUGUGUCAAGUCUGAGAGUAACGAUGCAAACGAGGAAAUGAAGUUGGGAGAUGAUUCCUACAACGAAACCACUGUGUAUAAAUGUAGUAUAUGUGACGAGGAGUUUAAGGUUUUUGUGGAGUACAGAGCCCAUAGGAAGCAGCAUUUUGUGGAGAAACGAACGUGUAAGAUGUGUCACAUGGUGUGCCAAAGCGUUAGUAAGUUGGAAAUUCAUAUGAAUGCCCAUUUGGGGUUGAAACCUUAUAAGUGUACAGUGUGUGAGAAGGGGUUUGUGUCGAGGAAUCAGCUGAAGUUGCAUGGGAGGUGCCAUUCUGAUGAGAAGAAGUAUUCGUGUACUAAGUGUAUUAAGGCGUUUCGGAAUCUGGGGUCAUUGAGGAGUCACAUGGUUGUGCACAAUAAUAUCAAAGAACUUGAAUGCAAGAUCUGCGGCGAAGACUGCCGCAACGUAGAGGCCUAUCGCAAGCACCUCGAAACCCACGGCCAAAGAAUCGAAAUAAAAUGCGUACUAUGCAACAAAGAAUUCGCGUCGGACCGCCAGCUCCAAACCCACCUGAAUUCUCACACCGAUCUCAAAUACCCCUGCGAAUACUGCGCCCGAAUCUACCCUUCCCUCUACCGCCUCAAACGCCACAUCAAACGAGCGCACAUCCCCAACGUAUGCGACGAAUGCAACGCCAUCUUCUACGACCGCGCCCUCUUCACCAAACACAAGAAAAACCACAGCGACGGCAAGCCCUCGAACUGCACCUUCUGCGGCAAAUCCUUCGACAAGCAGAAGAACCUCAGCGAGCACGUGCGCCUGCAGCACAAGGAAGACGGGAACGUGCACAAGUGCGACCUAUGCGACAAGACCUUCAUCAACGCGCCGCUCCUGCGGAACCACAUCAAGACCCACGACAAAUGCUUCAAGUGCAAGUACUGCAGCAAGCUGUUCAGCUCGCGGUACAACCUGGAGACGCACUCGGUCACGCACACCGGGGAGAAGAACCACAAGUGCGACGUCUGCGGGAAGGUGUACUCUACGAAAACGAGCUUGAAGAACCACGUGGCGACGCACAGCGACGUGAAGAACUUCAAGUGCGACCAGUGCCCGAAAUUGUUCAAAACGUCCAGGAGACUUUACGUGCACAAGUUCUCGCACGCCACGGAGGAGAAGUAUCAGUGCGAUGUUUGCAGUGCGAGGUUCAAAGUGAAGCAGUAUUUGAAGUACCAUAUGAUUAAGCACUCGACGAGUAAGCCGUUUGAGUGUAAGGUUUGCCAGAAGAGGUUCAAGCAUAAGAAGUCGUGGGAGAAACACUCCAGUCACGAUAAACACUCGAAGGUGAAGAAAGAGAUGCACGAGUGUGGCGACUGUUUGGAAGUAUUUACGAGUAAAACUGAUCUCUUAGAGCACGAAAGGAUGUUCCAUGAAGGGAACGCUGGUGAUGGAUUUCGCGAAAGUAUGGCUGUAGAAAUAAAAAAUGAAACCGGUUUGUAAUGACAGGUCGCGUCCGUUACGGAAAAGUGGACGCGUGCCUUUACGCGACUUUUGUUUCAACUUCCAUUCCCCACAGGUAUAGACUUAGCACUUUAUUUGUUCGUAAGUGAAGCUUUAAUCGUUUUUAUUGUUCCUAUAAAAUUGUGUUGUGAUAACGUUUCAUUUUAAUUGGCGUGACUUGUAACUUUGCGAUAAAUAAAAACCUGAAACAGUACAAACAGGAUACU